AUGGAGUGGUAUGAAGACAGGGAUAAAGUAACAAAGGAGGAAUUUGAUAAGAGUGCUCGAGAACUGCUGGCAUUAGAUUCUGUGCAUUUUCAUAAUGAAUUUUUGCUGGCUAUCUUAAGUAAAUGUCAACUCUUCACAUUGUCAACAUCAUCUUUGUCCUCAUCAUCGUCAGCAACGUCUCGAAUUGAAUCUCAUCACCGGCAUGAUGAACAGCGCAUAGAUUCAGGUACAGGGAAUGCUAGUGCUAGGGAUCACGCAUCUCUUAAUUUGUAUACAUCACAGUCAUCAGACCGCAAGAAGAGUAAACCAAAGAAGAAGGCUAAGACUUCUCCACUUAUUCACGAUGGUAAUUUUGAACCGGUAAAUAUCCAUGAUAUAGCAAUAACAGCUUCAGUUCGGGAACCACAAGCCAUCACAGAUGCAGGUGCUGGGUACCUGUCACGUUCUCUCUGUCUCUUGGAUACUGGACCUCUGAAGGGACGUUUAUUGUUAGCUGCAUGGGAUCAUGGGAUUACACAAGUUGGUGAUAAUGUUGCCACCAUGCUACAAGAAGCAACUCAGCAAUGUUUGAAGAAUAUAAUAAUGGCAGUGGUUAGCAGACGUCGUGGUUAUCGUGUUAGAGAAGGGAGAUUUAUGCAUUCUCUUGGAACAACUCCACCUAAUCCUUGGUUACGAAAUACAGGCUCUUUGAAUGACUGGAUGUCUGAAAGGUUUGUAAUCAUUAUCCAGAUGAUCAUUGAAAAAUUUUGUUUUGUGUAUCCCUGUUUUGAAGGCUUUAGUUCUUAUUAUUGCAUUUCUUUACUAUGUUUAGAAGUACUUGUAUAUUAUUAUAACUUGUUGACACAUUCUGAAGUAUGUUUACAAACCCCUUAUUCUAAACAAUCCUGACCAGUUAACUGUGGUAUUUGGGAGAUCAUUCUAACAGUUUGUUACAACAAAACUGCUGUUUCCUUAGUCUAAACUAGUCAUCUCAUUAAAUGAUUUUCACUCAGCAU